AUGGCUCAGACCGAAGCUUUCCAGAAGGCCGUCGUCGACUCCAAGAAGCUGACGAGCAAGCCGAGCAACGACGAGCUGCUCGACCUCUACGCCCUCUACAAGGUCGCCAUCGGCGAGGACAUCUCCAAGGCCGCCGCCCCCGGCAUGUUUGACCUCAAGGCAAGCGCCCCCGUUCCCCCUUUUCCCAUCCAGCGCCUUGAUCACCCCGAGGCCCCUCCUUACCCUCGCUCCUUUCCGCUGCGCUAUGGCAAGGCCAAGAAGAACGCCUGGCAAAAGGUCGUCGACGAGGGCAUCACCGCCGAGCAGGCCCAGGAGCGGUACGUCGAGCUCGUCGAGAAGCUCAAGGUCUCGUGCGGCUACGACGAGAACAAGGAGCCCGAGGCUGUCGGCAACUAA